AUGCCCAACGCUAUUUUCGACAACAUCACAGCUGAUUACGAAGAGGGAAGCCACUGCGACAAGGGGAGGCUGCAGGCCAUUAUCGUACGCCACCCAGUGUCUGGUUGUUCUGGUAAGAUUGAGAUUUUCGCUAAGAACGAAAUUUCUGAGAUCAAGGUAAACCACACAAAGACUUGUGAGUGUUCGUUCAAGACAAAUGGCAGGGCCCAUAAAACACGUUCGCGGCUACUUGAGCAGGCUCAGGGCGCUACGCGUAUACGAGUUUAUAAGGGAUGGUUGGAAGACGAAAAUCCUGCGAAUCAAGAAGCAGAGCAUAUAUAUGUGAAUGCCGCAGUAAACUUAGCCGCGAUCUUGAUCGGCAUGAACGUGUCAACCAAAGGCACGAUACCGGAGAUCAUGGUGCGCGCUGAUGUGUUUAUGAUGCGAGUCAAAGGCAAAGAAACUUGGAGCUGUGUGUGGACUAUAGAUGGUGUCACGACUGAAUUACACCGCCUGGGAUAA